ACAGUUAACAGGAAAAACGGGAGCAGAUCAGCAGCAGCCAAUAACAUUAAUUUAACCAUUUUACACAACUAUUAAGUUAGCUAACAUCGGAAAUAAAACAGCAAUAUCAACUUUACAUGUGUUGCUUUGGCGUCCUCCGCCUCAGAGCGCGACCGUGGAGGCGUGGUCUCCUUCAGAAGUCUCACACGGACCCGCUUACCCUUGGCCAGUUCCUCCUCGAUCUCUUCUCUGGACUCUGGAAUGUUAAUAACACUGAAUAAUGUCAAAACGCAAGUACAAAUUGUACUUAGAGCCUAAGAGCAGAGUUACAUUUCCCUGUGCAAGACUGAAAAGAGGACAUUUGGAUGUGGCAGAUGGUUCAGGAGAUGCAGAUGUUGAGACCAUGUCUCCAUCUGGCGAUAUUCAGCUGGAUCCAGAUGACACGGCCAACAUGGUUUUGGCUUUCACCGGUGACCACAUAGAUCAAGGGGACAGAAUCAAUCCACACCUGAGCACUGCAGAUGUUGAGACAAUGUCUCCAUCUGGCGAUCUUCGUCUUCAGCUGGAUCCAGAUGUCACGGCCAACAUGAUGUCUUCAUCUGGUCACUUUCUGCUUACAUCUGAGCUGCAACCAAGUGACAUGGCCCAGCAGUUUAGUUGUGAUUCAUCAUCUGAAGGCAGUGUUUCUGAAGUUGAUUCGGAAAUUCCAGAUAUUCCAGAAGAUGAUCCAUUCAGACAGAUAGGUUUUGAUACAGACAUGGAUUCAGUACUAAUGUCAGCAGGUACAACGACAAAGGCUGAGGCACUGCUCAUGGUGAUGAGUCAUGCAGCCAGACAUAAUAUAACAGGGACACAACUUCAUGACUUAUUACAGCUCAUAAAUACUCUGUUUGGCAAAGAGGUGUUACCCAGAUCAAAAUAUUUGUUCAAUAAGGUCUUUAAAAACAACUCCGACAUUGUGGAGUUCCACUUCUACUGCAAAACCUGUAAAGUAUACAUUGGCACAAAAGAAGACAUACAAGAAAAAAACAUUGCACAGUGUGCAAUCUGUAGUGCUUCAGUUGAAAUCAGUUCCUUGAACAGUGCAAGCUUUUUAUCAACAUACCAAUUGCACCUCAAAUCCAGACGCUGCUUGAAAAUCCUCAGAUUCAAAACAGCAUGAGCUACAGACACCAAAGGCCACAUAAUGAGCAUGUUAUCUCGGACAUAUAUGAUGGUGAAAUGUAUCGAAACUUGUCCAGACCUGGUGGAAUUCUGUCAGAUCCAAACAAUUUGUCAUAUAAUUUCAAUUCUGAUGGCUCGCCUGUGUACAAGUCUUCCAGAUUUUCUAUAUGGCCCAUAAACCUGCAUUUAAACGAGCUCCCUCCCAAAAUGAGAUUUCAGAAUGUAGUGCUUGCAGGUCUUUGGUUUGGUACUCAAGAGCCAGUUAUGUCUAUUUUUCUCAGACCCUUUGUUGAUCAGGCCAAAACACUGACAUCCAGAGGUAUGUCUUGGAGAAAAAAUGGAACGUGUGUGCACAGCAAAAUUGUUGGGUUAUGUUGUUGUGUAGACUCAAAGGCAAGACCAGCCAUGCAAAACACCACACAGUUUAAUGGGUACUUUGGUUGAGGCUUCUGUUUACAUCCUGGUACUCUAGUAGAGAAACAGGUGAAGUACACUGUGACUGACACAGAAUAUACUGACAGAGAAGCGAAGAAAAUGCUGGCAGAUAUGGAGCAAGCAGUAGCACAAAACAGAAGUGUCAGAGGAGUGAAAGGUCCAUCACCACUCAUAAACAUGCCCUAUUUUGAUAUAGUGCAAAGACUUUUUUGCAAAGAUGAGUGAUGGUGUUUAUGGAGAAAUCCAGAAUAUUGUAUCCUUUCCUUCAG